GAAGAGUGAGAGAAGGGCUGGAGCUUUAACAGAGCAGUGUGUUCUGAGAAUUCACCCAUAGACUAAUAUAGUGGAGACACAGCAGGACUGGACCUGGGUGGCGCGUAAAGCGCAUGGAUGGAGAGAGCAUGGAGAGCACGUGACUGAUGCUGAACAAGUUGAAGAUGGAAGAUGGCAUGUGGACGUCUGUAGACGGGUAUUCUAUACUGGUCUAACUGGGCACAUUGUCGGCUGCUGACUGGUUUCUGGAGUGGUGCACUGGUUGUUGGUUCUACCUUGGUUCUAGCUAUGUGGUUGGUGGAGUGUGCAGCGCGCGCUCAUGGGAUGCAGUGUGUGCAGGACUUCUAAGCUGAACGUGGGCAGAGCGCUGCCCGUCACCAUGCUCGCGCUCUGCGCCUUCCUCUUCUACUGCCUCGCGGGAUGGUGCGAGUCCGCGCCCAGGAUGAGCACCCAGUCUUCGGCUCUGGUGAGGGCUAACGCGCUCCUCGAGCUCCUCUCCGCGCAACCGGACGCUGCGCGGAACGCUACCGUACCCACGGGGUCCGUGCGCGCGCCCGCGGACCAGGGCUUUACCGAGCCCAGGGCGCACGAUACGCUGGGCAGACUGGGCAUCCCCGUGGCCAACACGUACGGGACUAAGAAGCUUCCCCAGGCGAUCAUCAUCGGGGUAAAGAAAGGUGGCACGAGAGCGCUCCUGGAGUUCCUGCGCGUGCACCCGGACGUGCGCGCUCUCGGCGCGGAGCCGCACUUCUUUGACCGCUUUUACGACAAGGGGCUCGAGUGGUACAGAAACUUGAUGCCGAGGACUCUGGAUGGCCAGAUCACCAUGGAAAAGACCCCCAGCUACUUUGUCACCAAAGAGACCCCCUCCAGACUGUGCGCCAUGAACUGCGACACGAAGCUGAUCGUAGUGGUGCGAGACCCGGUGACCAGGGCCGUGUCCGACUACACACAGACACUGACCAAAACCCCUGGACUGCCCUCCUUCCAGAGCCUGGCCUUCAAGAACUCCAGUUCUGGAGCUGUUGAUGCCUCGUGGAGUGCCGUGCGGAUCGGUCUAUACGCCCAGCACCUGGAGAACUGGCUCAGACACUUCCCUCUGUCCAGCUUCUUGUUCGUGAGUGGCGAGAGGCUGGUCAGCGAUCCGGCUGGUGAAGUGGGUCGUGUGCAGGACUUUUUGGGCCUCAAGCGCAUUGUGGGCGACAAGCACUUCUACUUCAAUCGGACCAAAGGCUUUCCAUGCCUGAAGAAGCCUGAGGGCAGCAGCAGGCCUCGCUGCCUGGGCAAGUCCAAAGGCAGGACACACCCGCCUAUACCUACUGAGGUGCUUCAGAAGCUCAGGGACUUCUACAGGCCAUUCAACCUCAGGUUCUACCAAAUGAGCGGGCAGGACUUUGGCUGGGACUAAGAUUACUCUUUUAUUAAGGGCCAAAAAUGGGUGCUUGGUCCAUAAUUGGUUCUCUAACAGACAUUUCAAUUCAUUUAAUUGGUUUGAACUGACCUAUGCAUGCUCCGCCUACAAUUUGCAGCUUUAACAGCAAUUGUUUAAAAAUUGGAUGUUGAAAAAAAAUAUAUAUUUAAAUUAAGGCUGCACGAUAUUGAAAAAAUUGGUAACACUUUACUUGAUGGUCCACUGGAUGAUGCUCAACUGACAUUCAACUGCUUGUCUAUUAAAUGCAAUUGAAAUGAAAGGUGAAAGUAAAUUAUUCUCUAUUGAAUGUAACCCUACAUCCAACUCUAACCCAAACUUCAAUCUUAACAUUUUAGCAUUGAGUUUAAAAUUUGGGUUAGGGUUAGGGUUAACUGUAGAGUUAGAUUUUAGGGUUGAUUUAGGGUUAGGUGUAGGGUUAUGUUCUAUUUUAAAUCAUUCAACAUAUGGUUAAGUUGCAGUUAAUAUAGAUUCAGUUGAAUGUCAGUUGAGCAUCAACAAGGCCAUCAAAUGGACCAUCCAAGUAAAGUGUUACCAAAAAAUUUUACAUUGCAAAUGUUCUUUUUUCUUUGACAACAUAUACCGCGGGCUGUCUCAUGCUGCACCGAUCAAGAGCUGAGUCAGCGCCGAGCACUUAAAAGUUUUUCUGGGAUUAAAAGCAUGAAUUUAGCUGUAACUUGAAAUAUCUGCGCAAAACUGUGCUGGACUGAGGUACACAGCUUUCGACACGUGCGUUUACAAGCGUGUGCCCAACCAUGUGGAUGAAGGCCAUGCAGUUACCACAUGUUUACUCCUCGUCAUACUUCUCAGGCAGCAGCAGCCUGUCACUCAUCCAGACACAGAGACAACUCUGUGUAUCUACUUAUCGUGUCAGGAUUCAAAAUUUAAUUUUAAUUUAAAUUUUUUCAUAGCAUUUAACUGACACUCUUAUCCAGAGUGACGUACAAGCUUAUUUCUAUUACAGAUGUGGGCCAAUGUAGUGUUAGAGUCUUGCCCAAGGACUCUGGAAUGGAACCCUAGUCUCCCACAUGAUUUGGUAGCUCACUAGCAGGGGUGGUGUUAUCCACUGUGCCACAUCAACCACAAGAUGGUAAUGACACUGAGCUGGCUGAUGUUGUUGUAGCUCAUCAAACAUAUUUACCAGUGCAAACAGUUCUGCAUUUUUUGAGUUUGGGAUGAACCAAAAUAAAACAAUUUUGACAUAGAAUCUCAUUUUUGACAGUAUUAAUCUCUGAAGAUGCAGCACUUAUGCUGCACUGCUGUUAUGAGGCCACCUUGACAAGGUUCUCUAUAAUGCAUUUGCUUUAAUGCAAUCUAAUGCUUGUCCAAUCACAUUAAUAAAAUAAAUGUAGGCAGAAAAUAGAUUGGUCAGCUUAGAUUUUUAACAGUCCAAAAGUCCAAUUAAAGGUUACAUUUUAGAAAACUGGGGAAAUUAACGUAAAUCUUUGUACUAUUAUAUGAGUCUGUUAUUAUAUAGUGAUGGUAUGAAUAUUAUUAACAGUAAUGAUCAUAUCUGCAGCAAUUAUAAGAUUUGAGUGGUAAGAGUCCAUAUAAAUUUCAACACUUACGCCAAACCUCCAGACAUACAUAUGCACCUGCAUAUCAGAAGAACCUAAGAAAUGCAUUUUUUUAUCAUUUGAGCCAAAGAUCACUAUGUAUUUAUGUAUUUUUUUCAUUUGUUUUCAUUUUUAAAUAAUAUAUAAAUAUGUACAAACUGAAUGUAGUCUAGCUUUUCAUUUUUAUGUUUAAACUUUUUUCUCCAUUCAGGUAGAUAAAAGCCUGGUCUAUGACUGGAAGUAACUGUCAGAGGUUGUUUUUUUUUUCCUCUGGUUGAGAAGUGUGGACAGAUAUGCCGAGAGACUUUUUAUACACACUCUCUAUGUACUACUCCUUUUCAACAAAGCAGCGUAACGACCAAAAUAGACCUAAAUGGCCGCUUUUCCACUGCAGAACUGUUAGAACUGAACUGUCUGUUCUGAGUUGGGGUGGGAAUCACAUUGCAUUUCAUGAUAUGAUACUUUGACGCCUACAAUAACGAUGAUGAUGUCACGUUGUGUCACUGUGAUUUUGCGAUACUAGACAUAUAAGACUACAAUACUUCACACCAUUUGUGUUACUGAAGAGAAUAAAAAAUACUCCUAAAUAAGCAAAUACCAGGAAUUAUGGCUUUAUUGACAAUCAGUAUUCUUCACCGCAGGUUGACCACUUUAGUUUCUGAAUCAGUUUCUCUGAUUUUGCUGUUUAUAGGUAAAUGUUUGAGUAAAAUGAACAUGGUUGUUUUAUUCUAUAAACUACAGACAACAUUUCUCCAAAAAUUCCAAAUAAAAAUAUUGUCAUUUAGAGCAUUUAUUUGCAGAAAAUGAGAAAUGGCUGAAAUGAAUUCAGAAAUCAAUAUUUGGUGGAACAACCCUGUUUUUUUAAUCACAGUAUUCAUACAUCUCGGCAUGUUCUCCUCCACCAGUCUUACACACUGCUUUUGGAAAACUUUAUAGAGAAGAUCAGCAUUAAAGUAGGAUGAGGUGGUUAGCUGGCACGGCCACUCAGUAUGUUGAUAAAAAUGAAUUUAAAUGAUUAAAAAAAGAAUAUUAUAAAACAAACUCUGCCCUGGAGGUUUUAUUGUUUGCCAUUUUUGCCCAUUUUUGUAGUUUUUAUUUUUGCGUUGUACAUACUGAAAAAAUGUUGGGGAAUCAGGGGUCAGGAAUGAUACAUCAGCUGCGCCCUUGAAAUCAUUUCAUAUGUAGGCUGCAUUUUUCGGCUUAAUAUGAAGAGUCCUUCACUUUAGGACGACCUUCUGUGACAUAAUGGCUGAAGCUGCAGCCAUAGACUUUGGGGUGCAGCUAAGUUGAAGCCAAAGCAAAUUUUAGAAAGGCCAAAAUGCAGGGGAAAAUGCUACAUUUUUAAAAAUAAAAAAAACAAACAUCUGGACAGAGCCUAUUAACCAAAAAGUUACAACAACACGUCUGUAGUGCUGUACAGUUAUUAUAUAAGUGAGAAUAUUGAAUAUUGCGCAGUGUACAGCAUACUGUAUAUGACCGUAGCGACUUUUCUUAUCAAAUUUGACUUUGUACAUCCCUCGUACUGUAUAUUUAGUCUGAAUGUAAAUAUGUUUAUCCACUGCUAUCAUAAGCUAGUAUUGCAUGAGCAUUCUUCAGAUCAACUGAGUUUUAUAAAUUCAUGAUGGUGCAACCACUAUUAUUACAUGAUAAACAUUGUUGGUAGGGAUAAAGCCUAUACAAUGAAUGACACAAUGAUGUGAUCUUUAAUAAAUAUCUACUGUAGCUUCUCACAAGCUAUGUUUCUCGUGUUUGACAGCAUUUGGUCCAUGCAUGUGUACUGUAUGGACAAUGCAACCAGACCUAGCAUUGACCACACAAGAGAAGCUGAAACAAUGGAGAAAAUGUUUUUUGUACAUUGUUUUAUGAACUAUUUGCUACUGUGUGUGAAUUAUGUCUAUAUGCUGCCUACCAAAGUAUUUUCAGUGUUUUCUACUGAUGGAAAUGCUUGAAACUGAGUUAUUAAAAAAAGAUAAAGACUUUAAA